AUGUUCUUCUCCAAAGACAAGUCAAACACAUCUGCAUUUGCCGCCAUGUUUUCCUCCCAAGAGCAGUCCGGCUCAUCGAAGUACACGCCGGUCAUACUACAUGAUCAUGAAGAUUCUGCUUCAUCGGAAAAGUCCUCCUCUUCCCAGAGUGAGCCUUACAAAGACGACCACACUUCUCCCUUACUCGAGGCUUCCAACAAUCACCCUGAUUGUGCGUCGGCCAAGUCCUCUAGGCUGCCCAAAGUCGUCCUUUAUUUGUCCUUCGCCCUAGCCCUACUGUCAACAGUGAAUGUUGCUAUUCUCCCGGCCACAUUAUCCAACUACCACUUCUACCCCUUUUCCGACUCUGAGCUAGAGAAGCUCCCACAUGGUGACCCUAGGCUGGGAUUGGAGAGGGCCGCGAAGGUCUUGACCCCUCCUGCCUAUUACCAUGCUUGGCCGGAUAGAAUUGCACGCGUGAGCAGGAAGUUGAAGAAUGCCGUGUGGGGUCAGGGUGUGCAGGUCUAUAUCAGUGUCGAGGACUCGACCAUUAUGCGGUUUCCGAUCCCCUCUACCGGCGUCAACGCUUGUGCACUGAUCUGGCAGCCACCUCCUGAGUUGUCUGGGCGUGCCAAGGACGUCACAACAAAGGGUGAUGUAACGCAAAUCGAAGUCUGGCAGCUGCUUGCGCCCUCAGCUACCUCUUCUUCCAGCAUUGAAGAGUUGGAUUAUGAUAGCCUAGCGUACUCGACCAUCCCCGUACGCGGAGAGUUGCUUGGUGUGCUAGACAUCACGGCCAAGCCAAACAGCACAACAGUGGAAUUCGCGUGUCCAAGUGAGGCAAAGACUUUGACUGUAGAGCUUAGGUGCCAGCGCGUGGCGUGCCACGUGAGCUUUAUGCAGCUUGACAUGGCGCCGAGAGUAGGAUUUAAAUUGAUGAGAAGGAGGGAAUAA